AUGAAAGCUUGUGUCUCAGAUGCAAAGGAGGGCGAGAACCCAAAGACGCAGGGAAACCAAACAGCCCUGACGGGCCAGGCAGCCACUCUCCUGGCGCUGCUGGGCAUCGGUGCGCUGCUCGCGAACCUGGGCCGUCCCGAUGCACAGGAGAUCAGCUUCCAGCACUUCAAGACACAGCUGCUGUCGCGCGGGCUGGUUGACAAAGUGGAGGUCACGAACAAGACCACCGCAAAGGUCUUUGUGCGCACGGGAGCCAACAGGCACGCCGACACAGACGGGUUCCAGACGCCGGGCGCACAGCAGGAAAAGGCAGCUGGAGGCAGCCAGUACAAGUUCUUCUUCAACAUCGGCAGCAUAGACAGCUUUGAGCGCAAGAUGGAGGAGGCGCAGGAGGACCUGGGCUGGUCGCCCUCCUCCUGGGUGCCCAUCACCUAUGCCAACGAGCUGAGCUGGCAGCAGGAGCUGCUGCGCCUGGCGCCCACCAUCCUGCUCAUUGCCGGCUACGUGUGGUUCACGCGCCGCCAGCUGGGCGGCCUCGGCGGUCAGGGCCCCGGCGGCCGCGGCAUCUUCAAUAUUCGCGUGCAGAUCUCUGUGCUGGACAAGAAUGCCAAGGACAAGAUCAUGUUCAAGGACGUGGCUGGCUGCGAUGAGGCCAAGGCAGAGAUCAUGGAGUUUGUAAAUUUCCUGAAGAGCCCAGGCAAGUACAAGGACCUUGGCGCAAAGAUCCCCAAGGGCGCCCUCCUCGUCGGACCUCCCGGCACCGGCAAGACUCUCCUAGCUAAAGCAACGGCCGGUGAGGCGCAAGUGCCAUUCCUGUCCAUCGCCGGCUCAGACUUCAUGGAGAUGUUUGUGGGAGUGGGGCCAGCGCGCGUGAGGGACCUGUUCGCCCAAGCUCGCGCCCAGGCGCCCUCCAUCAUCUUCAUCGAUGAGAUUGACGCCAUCGGGCGCGCCAGGGGCCGCGGCGGGUUUGCCGGGGGCAAUGACGAGCGCGAGAACACGCUGAACCAGCUGCUGGUGGAGAUGGACGGUUUUGCCACCACGCAAGGCGUCAUCGUGCUCGCCGGCACCAACCGACCCGAUAUCCUAGACAACGCCCUCCUCCGCCCCGGCCGGUUUGACAGGCAGAUCUCCAUUGACCGCCCGGACAUUACUGGGCGCGAGCAGAUCUUCCGCAUCCACCUGGCCAAGCUGAAGCUGGACAAUCCCGUGGAGUACUUCAGCGAGCGCCUGGCUGCGCUGUCGCCGGGCUUCGCGGGCGCCGACAUCGCCAAUGUGUGCAAUGAGGCCGCCCUCAUCGCGGCGCGCGCCGGCAAGGACUUUGUCAGCAUGGUUGACUUUGAGGCUGCCACCGACCGCGUAAUUGGUGGUCUUGAGAAGAAGAACAAGGUGAUCAGCGUGGUGGAGAGGAAGACUGUGGCGUUCCACGAAGCUGGGCAUGCGGUGGUGGCCUGGUUCCUGGAAUAUGCGGAGCCGCUGCUCAAGGUCAGCAUCGUGCCGCGCGGCACGGCGGCGCUGGGCUUUGCGCAGUAUCUGCCCAACGAGAAUCUGCUGAUGACCAUGGAGCAGAUGCGCGACAUGACCUGCAUGGCCCUGGGCGGCCGAGCCGCCGAGCAGAUCAUGCUCGGCAAGAUCUCCACAGGUGCCCAGAAUGACCUGGAGCGAGUCACCAAGAUGGCGUACGCCCAGGUGGCCAUCUACGGCAUGAACAAGAAGGUGGGCCUGGUGUCCUUCCCGGCCGAGGACGGCCAGUUCAGCAAGCCCUACUCCGACGAGACCGCGCAGCUCAUCGACAAGGAGGUGCGUGAGAUGGUCAACGACGCGUACGAGCGCACCCUGGAGCUGCUGACCGAGAAGAAGGACCUGGUGGAGAAGCUGGCUCUAACCCUCCUGGAGAAAGAGGUUGUGAACUCCGAGGACCUGACUGAGAUCCUGGGCGAGCGCCCGUACAGAUCUGCGGAGCUGCGCAACAUUGACAAAUUCCGCGAUGGCUUUGCCAAGAAGAUUGAGGAUGCGGCGACAGUCGUGAAGGACGCUGCCGCCGCAGCCGCACAGGAGGCGGCAAAGCUGGGGAAGCAGGUCAGCGGAACAGGGCAGCCAGACCUCAACCUUAACCUUGAGGGCAAGGUGGUGGCAACAUGA